AUGACACCCGUCGGAACCCAGGUACUCCAGUGGGUCGACAUCCCGCGCUGUGGUACGCCAGCAGCCGCCUACCUGCAGACCCAUGUGCAGGACCAGAAGCUUGCGCUGCUGGACGUGGUGCAGGAGGAUGACUUAUGGUUCGACCUGAGGGACAAAGCAUUCCAGUGGCCCGGCAUCCCGCACUAUGGCACACCAGCAGCAGCCGCCGUGUACCCGCAGCCCUAUGUGCAGGACCAGAAGCCUGGGCUGCUUGGUCUGGACGUCGUGCAGGAGGAUGACUUAUGGUUCGACCUGAGGGACAAAGUGGUGCAGAAUUCUCAACACUCUACAGCUUUCAGUCAAGCUGCCGUUGUCAAAAGCCACAGGCUUCAGGCAAUGCCACGCCGACCGAUCGAUGCAAGUCCAACGGUGCCAACAUCCCAUAUCAUGGAUGCGCCUCCGCCGGCCCCAAUGCUGCGGGCCCCUCUACAGCCAUGGAUGGCCGGCAGCUUCAUGUGA